AUGACAAAUUUUUUUGUUAAUUCAAAUGAUAUAUUUGAUAUGUUUAAUAAUGUUAAAGAUCAAGUUGCUGAAAAAGUUGAUUAUGCAUCAACAAAAAAAGAUGAUCUAACAUGUCCAUCAACAUUUACAACAGAAUAUCGAACAGUACUUACUGCAUAUCGUCAUGUAAUCAAAGAUUGGAUUGAAAAAUUUCCUUCAAAAAAUUCUAAAGAAUAUCGUCUUUUACUUGAAUUAUCAUCGAAUGAUUUUGAUCGACUUAAUCAAUUUGCAUUGACAACACGUUAUGAACAAAAAGAUGUUCUUCAUGAAGUUCAUGUUAUAUCUGAUCUUCUUAAACGUAUUGUAUAUAAAAUAGAAGAAGAUAAACCAAUAUUUAAUAAUUUAACAUGGUCCGUAUGGUUACGAUCAUUUGAUAUUAAUAUUAUAUUUAAAACUCUUUUGGUUCUAAUUGUGAUUGGAACAUUAAGUUUUAUUAGUAUUCGUAUUCAUCUUCGUCGUGGUCGAUGGUUUACAACAUUCUUUAUAAUCGCUUUUAUUGUUUCUGUUAUACAAAAUUGGUAUACACUUUAUCAGGAAGCACAAGCAAAAGUUGAUGAAGUUCUUAUGAAAAAAAUACCAAAACAUUGUCAAGGUCAAUCAAUGAGUGUAUGGGAUAUUAUGAAAUCUAAAUUUGGUCGUUUUUUUCAAGUACCAACUAAUGAAUGUUUAGAAUAUUAUAAAGCGUUACGUGCUACACCUCAUUCACAAGUUACACCUGUUCAAGCUUUAUCAAUGACUUUUGCUCAAUUAUUUGUUACACCACUUGGUGCAAUAGGUGAAAGUUUAUCACAAUUUUUUGCUGGUACUAUGCGUCAUGUACCUAUGAUUUUAUGGCCAAUAAUUAUUUUAAUAAUUCUAUUUAUUGUUAUUGUUCUUAUUUUGAUGUAUUCCCGAUAUGAAGUACAUUUACCUUUUAUGAUGGGUUCACUUCGACCAUCUCCACAUGUUGUUUUAACAGGAACAACAAAUAAUAUUGAACAAAUAGAAAAUUUAUCAAAUCAAUCUCAAAAUUAUGUUCAUGAAUUAGAAAAUAAAAUAAAAAAUUUACAAUUACAAUUAGAAGAAAAAAAUCUUCAAAUUGAAUAUAAUACAAUAUUACCAAUACGUACUAGUCGAUCAUCAAAUAUUGAUAAAACAAAUCAACAACGUGAACGUUCAUUAUCAAAUCGAAGAAUAAAUAUUGAUGCACAAAGUGAUAAUGAAUUAAGACAACGAACAACAUCACCAACUAUUGGAUUUAAACCAGACUUUCUUCCUGAUUAG